AUCCGCGAAGACAGACGAAAAAGAAAAUGGCGGAUAAAACCGGAGAGAUUGACUUGGUCAACCGAGACCCCAACGGACUGAACAGUCAUCUAGGGACGUUGCUCUUCAAUGACGUCAUCGGAGAACCAGAUGGUACUCACAGUAUUGACUGUUGCUUCAAACUCUCUAACACCUGCUUCGAACUCUGGAAAGGACUUUGUUAUAAAAUAAUGACGUUUUGCUGUGGUUGCUGUAUCGCCAUGGAGUGGGGUUGCGAGUUUGCGUACAUCGCUUUUGUCCAUAUUUGGAUGCUUACCCCAUGUUUCAAAGUUAUUGAGAUUAACUGCGGAGUUUGUCAGCGAAUGUACACGAUGUGUAUCAACUGCUGUUGUACACCGUGUUAUGAGUCUAUUGGUGGAAUAUUCCAUCAUUUUAAAAGAACUUGAUUAAUUGUUUAAUUCGCCCAGUCACGAUGUGUGUAACUAUGAAGAAGUAACAAUCUAGUCUAGCUGCUAUUUUCCUCGAACGUUCGUGCUCAUGGCUGUGAUUAAUAAGAAGUGACACUUUUUGUAUGUUUUGUUAUGAAAUAAUUUAAAUUGCGCAAAUACAACUUUGUUGAAUGUCA